UGGUUUCAGUAGCCAUCCUAACAGGCUUGCGGGUUGGCUGUGCGUUUCCCGGGCGAUUAGUGACGUCCUGUGUCUUUUCACGGACUCGUUGGCCUCCGUGGGGAAAUGUCGAUUCCAGUCUUUGCCCAUGUUAAAAUCGAGUCGUCUAGUUUUGCGGCUGUGAAGCUGUGGGUGUUCUUUGCACAUUCGGGCCUUUAAUUCUCCGAUCGGGCCCGUGAUGGGCACAUCCUCUCUCCCAUCCCGAGGGCGGCCUUUUUCUCUCUCCAUAGCGUUCUGCGAUGCACAGACACUUUCCCUUUAUCCAGUUAAUUUUUUUCUUUUGGUGCCUCCGCUUUUGGUGUCGUGCCCAAGAAACCACUGCCAAAUCCAAGGCCGUGAAGACUCCCCCCCCGGUCAGCUCUCGCCACCCGGUCUUUGGAGGGUCGUAAGGCCCCAACAGCCCCAAACCUUCCGGGCACCCAGGCAGCAGGGCAGAGGCACCCUCCUGUCAGUCCUGUCUCCACUGCCACUCGGAGUCUUGUGUCUCCUGUACCUACCCCACAAGAGCAGGUCUGGAGGGGAGGGUCCAUGAGCUGCCCCCACCGCCGCCCAGGACCACCCCCGAGACCCCACCUCUGCAGGCUUCACAAGGACGAAUCCAAGUGGGGUCUGCUCCUGGGGAGCCUCUCAGGGCCCACCCCUGCCUGGAGUCCCCGUGCCUGCCAGGGCACUGACAUGGGGAGAGGCCCCAAGAGCUAGACGAGGGGACAGGGCCCAGGCGCCUCUCCCAGCACGUAUCCCCAGGGGCCUGCCUGGGUGGCCCUGAGAGGCUGGCCCUAAAUGUGAGCCUCUCGAUGUCCCCUCUGAUCCAACCACCGAAUUACAGGGCUGCCACUGCCAUCCCGCCAGGCCAGGCCUCCGUUGUGGGCGGAUGGCCGGGAGGCGCAGACGCACAGACGGCGGCCUGGGGCCCGUGGCAGUGGCAGCGUCAGCCUUGUCACCGGUCAGCAGUGCUGGACAGUGCCCAAGCCAGGGUCCAGAACAGGGCUGUAUUCUGGUGCGAGCAGAAUUCACAGGCUACUUCCUGUCCAGCCCCUGUGGGGACACCCGCCGACAGGCCGUGAACCCGGGUCUGCUGAGCCAGAGCUGCUGGCAGGAGCCCCUCCUCUGGUGAGCAGUCGCCACCGUCCCGCCAAACUGGCCACCAGGAGAGACGUCUGCUGGGCGUGCAGGGAGGUGUGGGGCCCAGGCAGAGUCACCGAGGCGCAGACAGGCCCAGAGACUGGUCAGAUCCCAGAGCCGACUGCGCGGGCCCUGCAGCCUGGAGGCCUCGGGCGGGGGGCAGGGGCACCCGCUCCGCCGCCGCCUCCCGCCAGUGAACCAUCCUCAGAGGACACGUGGCCAGGGCCACAUGUCUGUCCCUGAUCCAUCACUCAGGGUGGGGAUGACAGAGGCCCACUGAGGGCUGGGGUGGCCUUAGCAAAGGAAGUCAACCCUUUCCUGAGAGUUCCGAGGUCCCUUCUGCUCGGGGAGGGGCCGGAUCAUCAGAGGUGGCAAAUUCUGGUGCCCCCCAGGCCACUGAGGCAAGACCAGCCGGGCUCUGCCAAGACACACCGACCUCUGGCCUAGGCCCUGUGGCCUCCGUGCGCAUGCGGGCCCAGCACGGCCAGGAUAGUGGACUGUUCCGGGGGAGAUUUUAGGUGACCUGUUGCUGUAAACACGGUGGGGGCCGAGGACCCUGCCAGGUUUCCUGUGACAAGGAGGAACAGUGACAAAAUGGCAAUGUCUCCACAAUGAAGGGGCUUCCUCUGAAGACGAGGAGGUGGCCACGUGCUGGGCAGGUGGUGGUGGGAGAGGCCACGGCACGGCGCUCAGCCAGGGGAUGCCGAGCACUCUCCCACGGGAGCCACGGGGUCCAGGGCUCCAGCCAGGAGAGCCGGUCAGGAGAUGGGUCAGGAUAGCCGUGGGUCCUCCGCACCCCACCCUGCCCUCCUGCCCAUCCCCCAGAGGCCCCCCAUGUGUAGGCCACCAGCACAUCUGCCACAUGUCUCAGACUAUUCCCUGCCCCGAUGGCACUCCUGGCGCACUGAUGGCCCAGGACAAGAAGUCCCCAGCACGGACACCAGGCAGGGAGGCCUGGGUGGCUUGUGGGGGCCCGGGGGGCGGGAGUACGGGGCCAGAGAAGCAUCUUGGAGGAGAGGGUGCUGCGUGGGGGUGGGGCUGGACGGUUUAAGGGAGCAGAACAGGCCGAGGUGGGUGCCGGGGGAAGGGAGGCGGGCAGGACAAGGCUGCCCACCACAGGGUACCAGCCCACCUCCUUUCCAGCCAGCGGGGUCUCACUGGGUCUGAGUGACCUUCACAGAUGGUCACACAGACCUCUGCAGCCUGUCAUCGCCCCCCCCCUCCACCCUCCCAGGGUCAGAGGAGGCCCAGGUUCCGGGGCAGCAGGAAGGGCCAGCGCUGCCCCUCCCCCACCCCUCCCCCAGCUCCCGGGGCUCUGCUGCUCAGGGCGCCAGGCAGAUGCCCUGGCCGUGGUGCUCAGAAUGGGCACCUCUGCUCCAUGCCCCCAGAAACCAGAAGCCAGAGCGAGUCCCGAGGGGCCAAGGUCAGGACGUCCUAGUCCCUCCCUCCCGAGGAACUGCCCGUGAUCCCCACGCCUGCCCUGAUGCCCAGCGGGACUACGUCUGGCCGGUCCCAGCACAGGGCACCCUCGUUUCUGUCCUGGGGUGGCAGGUAAGGGGGAAUGGCCUGAGGACGCCAGGAGGAGAAGGAGCGCGGGCUUUUCUCAGGCAGAGCUUCCUUGAAGCGCUGGCAGCCCCAUUGGGAAGUUUGGUUCUGAGGACGUGGCCUGCUCCCCACUAAGCGUCCACCGUCACUGCCUGUCCCUCUGACCUCGCCCGCAGGCCACCUCCAUCCGCCUGAGCUGCCUCAGAGGAGCCCGGGCCCCCGGAGUUUGGGAGACAUGCACCCCAACCCGGGGCCCCCGAGCGGUCCCCCCUUCCUUAGAGCACAGUCCCUCUGUGGGCUGCCCUUCCAGGAGGGGCAUCAGCUGCCUGGGACAGGUCCAGCUGAACGAGGAACCCCUGAGGGGAGCGAGGGGGAGGGGAGGCCAGCGUGACCGAAUGUCGGGUGCCAGGCUCGGUCCGGAGGCCCCGGGAGGGACAGACAGAGCUGCGUCCGCAAAGGCGGCCUCCAUCCCCGCUCGCCUCCCCUGUCGCCACCCCUGAUGGGUUCGCUGCUGCGGGCGCUCUGCGCAGCUCUGAGAAGGCUCGGGAGAGAGAAAGGAACUUCACACGUGUCUGAGACGUGCGGACCACGGUCCCGUCGCCUGGAAGGGCUCAGCGGGAAACGCGGCUCCAGAAGGUGCGUCCGGCGCAGUUGGGAAGGCGGGGCCUCCUCGGGUCCUAGGCAGGCGGUUCCCUCUACAGGCCUGUCUGCCCACCUGCCACCUGCCGGUGCGCGGCUGAACGCCACCUUCCUGUCCAAAUGCCAGGCAGAGUCAGAGCUGAUGACUCUCGGUCAGGAGGGACGGGUGGUCUGCACGCCACGUCCACCUGGGGGCCGCAGCAACCACACAAUGCCCCACGAGCGAGGGCCCAGGGGAGCGUGCGGGGCCUUCCCCACGGGAGUGGGAGGCCUGGGGGAGAGGCAGUCCCUUCCGGGUCUGGGCGCUCAGGUGGCCGGCUCCACCCAGGGCGACGCUAGGUCGCUGGGGAAACAGCUUCCAGACAACAGCGGGCCUUAGUCCCCAUAGCAACAUGGCCUACACUCCUGUUUCCAAGGAAACCCAGCCCUCAGCGUCGCGGUUGCCACAGCAACGCCUAUGGGCUCUGUCAGCCACACUGUCCCUCCAGCCCAGAGGGGCAGCUGGGCACCAGGACAGAGGAGUCCUAUGCUGCACAGGUGUGGGGCCGGGGCACGGAGGAGAGCCUGGCCUGGCCGGGGUCCCAGGAGCUGACUCUCCUGGCAGCAGAGCCCCUGCUUUCUCAUGCAUCCUGUGCUCUGGCCACAAUGAGUUCCGCCUCCAGUGAGCCUGGCACUGGGGACUCCGCCGUGAAGUCCCGGCCGGGGCUGGACACCGUGAUCCAGAGACUAGAGGACACCGUCCUGAGCCCCGCCGCCAGCAGAGAAGACCGGACGCUGACCGUGCGCGGGGGAGGCUGGCGGGCCUCACCCACCCCUGUGCCCGCCCGCAUCCGUGAGAUUGUGGCUGGCAGCCUGGGCGAGGAGCCGCCCCCAGGGCUGCGGGAACUGCCGGCCGCCCCGGCCCAUGUGCAGGAGGAGAAUGAGCUUCUGCAGGAGGAGCUGGACCGGCUGGAGGACCUGCUGGCCCAGGCGGGCGCCGAGCGAGACGAGCUGGCCAGCAGGUACCAAGCGGCCAGCGAGCGGCUGCAGGCCCGGCUGGAGACCACGGAGGCCCGGCUGCGGAGGUCGGAGCUGGAGCACAGCAUGGACCUGGAGGAGGCCCUGGGCCGGCUGGAGGCUGCCGAGCAGAGGAGCACUGGCCUCUCCCAGGUGAAUAGUCUGCUGCGGGAGCAGCUGGAGCACAUGAAGAAGGCCAACGACAGGCUGGCCCAGGAGCUGGCCAGGACCACGGGCAGCGUGCUCCGUCUGCGGGGAGAGCUGGAGCUCAGGGAGGCGCAGCGCUGGACCCAGAGAGAGAUGCGGCGUGCUGGCUUGGGGGAGCCCCAGGGGGUCCUCUUGCGGAGACAGGUCACUGCACUCCGGGGACACCUGGCUGAGCUACGCGCAGCCACCGAGAAGGAUUUGGCGGACAUGCGAGCGGAGGCCGCCAGGUCGGCCCACCGCCUGCACACGGCCUGCCUGAACCUUGGCUCUAACCUGCGGCUGACGGCCAGCAGCACGGCCGGUGCCCUGGAGCAGCAGCUGCGGGACAAGGUGCGGGAGAUGCUGCAGCUGCAGGGCCGCUGGGACGCGGAGAAGGUGGCCCUCCAGGCCAGACUCUCAGAGCAGACGCUGCUGGUGCAGAAGCUCACAGAGCAAAAUGCCAACAAGGACCGAAGCAUCUCUUCCCUCAGGACAGAUGUGCAGAAACUGGAGAUGCGUCUGCAGCUGGAGUCCUCCGAGGCGACAGCGGCCGGGCUCCAGGAGCGGAUGUCAGAGAGCCAGCGGGAGCUGCGGGCCUUGCGGAGGCUCCUGCGGGAGCAGGCCCGGGAGCACCAGGCCCUCCUGGGCAGGCUGGAGGCGCAGAGCCAGGAAGCACAGCGCUGCCGGGUGUCCAGCGAGCUCCUGGGACGAGAGAAGGCAGCUCUGCAGGAGGCAGUGGAGGAGCUGAGAGGGAAGGUGGACAUUUCGGGCCAGGAGAGGCAGAGGCUGGAGGCCAGGAACGCAGAGCUGCAGAGAAGCCUCCUGCAGUGGGCGGAGCAGAAGCAGGAGCUGGCGCAGUCGGGCGAGCGGGGCCGCAGGGAGCUGGAGGCCAGUCAAGGGCGCCUGGAGCAGCUGGAAGAGAAGGUCUCAGGGCUCAAGAAGGAGUUGGUGUCAGCCCAGGAGACGCUGAGCACAGCGCAGCUGCAGAGGGACCUCCUGGAGAGCGAGCGGGAGGGGCUGCGCAGCGCCCUGGCCCGGGCUGAGUCCAGCAAGGCUGACCUGGAGCUGCUGGUGACCCGGCUCAAGGCGGAGGGGGUGGAACAGAGGGACUCCCUGGCCAAGAUGGCUGGCCUGAUGGAGGGGCUGGCUCAGGACAAAGGCUCCCUGAACCACCUGGUCCUGCAGCUGGAGCAGGAGCAGGAUGAGCUGCGGGAGCAGCAGAAGGUGCUGGAGCGGGAGCGGGCGGGCGCCCGGGAGCAGCUGGCACGGGCGGAGCAGCAGCUGGAGCUGGUGCGGGCCGAGCGGCGGGGCCUGCAGCAGGCCUGCGGGCACCUGGAGGAGCGGCUAGAGCGGCUGGAGGGGCAGGCCACCCGGCUACAGCGAGAGCGGGUGCAGCUGCAGGAGCAGGUGGGCCAGGUCACAUGCAAGAAGCAGGCCCUGGAGGAGCAGCUGGCCCAGAGCCGACAGGACCAGGAGGCCCAGAUGGACACUCUCCAGAGGGCCCUGCAGGAGAAGGAGGCCUUGUCUGACGAGCGGGCCCAGCUGCUGGCCAAGCAGGAGGCCCUGCAGAGGCAGGGCCAGCUCAAGGCUGAGGAGGCGGCUGACCUCAGGGCCGAGAGGGAUUCCCUGGAGAGCAGCCUCUUUGAGGCCCAACAGCUGGUGUCGCAGCUGCAGGCACAGCAGGAGCAGCUGGAGGGAGAGGCCCAGAGUGCCCGGCUGGCUCGGCAGGCCCUGCAAGUGGAAAUGGAGCAGCUGAAAAGUGCCUGGGAAGUGCAGGAGACGAAGCUGCAGUGGGACGUGGGGCAGCUUCGGCGGGAGGUGGCACAGCAGGAGCACGACACACAGCUGGCCCUGGAGAGCCAAGCACUGGCCCAUCGUGAGGACCUGGCACGGCUCCAGAGGGAGAAGGAGACCCUGAGUCUCUUUCUGACAGAGGAGAAGGAGGCGGCAGCACGCAGGCUGGAACAGGAGAAGAAGCUGGUGGCAAAAUAUGCAGCUGAGAGGAAGGCUCUGGAGGAGGAAAUUCAGAGCCUGAAGCAUGAGCAGGAUGAGAGUCUCCUCCAAAUGGAACAUGGGACGCAGCAGGCCCUGUCUCUGAAGGAAUCGGAGGUGAGCCAGCUGCGGGAGGCGCUCUCCAGGGCCACGCGGGAGCUGGAGCUGGGGCACCAGGAGGCCCAGAGUCGGCAGGAUCAAGCCGAGGCCACCAUCAGUGCCACGGCUGCAGAGCUGAAGGCGCUGCAGGCCCAGUUCGAAGAUGCCAUCUCGGCCCAUCAGCGGGAGGCCAGGGCUCUGAGCGAGACGCUCCGAGAGACGGCCGCCGAGCGGAGCAAGGUGGAGAGAGAGGCCGAGAGGCUGCGGGCACAGCUGGAUGAGGCCCAGGCGGGGCUGGCCGCGCUGCGCCGCGAGCUGCAGGGCAGCGAGGAGAGCCGCGAGGGGCUGCGUAGGGAGGCCCUGGAGGCCUGCCGGGCGCUGAGCGACGAGGCCCGCGAGAAGGACGUGCUGCAGGAUUCCAACACCGAGCUGAGGGCCGCCAUCCGCAGGGCGGAGCAGGAGAGGGCCAGUUUUCAGCGUUCCAAGGAGGCGAAGGAGCAGAAGAUGCUGGUCCUGGAGGAGGCCCGGGCAGCAGCUCAGAAGGAGGCCGGCGAGCUUCGAGCCAGUCUGCGGGAGGCGGAGCGGGCGGGGGCGGAUGCCCGCCGGGAGCUGCAGGCCCUACGCAGGCGGGUGACAGAGCUGGAGGCAGAGACCCAGAGGAAGAGCCGAGAGGUGGUCCGGCUGCAGGCCCGGGGUGCACAGGACGCGCAGCAGCGGCAGCAGAGCCGGCAGGAGGCACUGGAGCUGCAGCGGCUGGCGGUCGAGGCCAAGGCCGCCCGAGAGGGCGCCCAGAGGGAGGUGCUGAGGCUACAGCGGAUGCUGGCGGAGGUGGAGGCCGAGGGCGAGGCCCGGGAGAAGCAGCUGGAGGAGCGCCUUGGCAAGAGCCAGGGGGCAGAGCAGAGUCUCCGGGCUGAGCUGCACGGCGUCACCAGGAAGCUGCAGCAGGCCAGCGGCGUGGCUGACGGCCUCCAGGCUCGCCUGGACCAGGCCUGCCGCCGGGUCUGCAGCCUGGAGCAGGAGCUGGCCCAGGCCGAGGGUGCCCGGCGGGGUGCAGAGGGCCAGCUGGGCCGGCUGUGGUCCACGCUUCGCCUCGGCCUGGGGCUCCGGGCACAGAGCCCCUCGGCCUCCCCCGAGCGGCCGGGCUCUCCCACCAAAGGCUCGGACGGCUGCCAGGGUCGCCCUGGGCGGCAGAGUGCCAGCCCCACCCGGUCCCGCUCACCGCUCCGCUGGCCCUCACCCACGCCGGGAGACUGCAGCGCAGAGGCAGCGGUGAGGGACGCCCUGAGGGACUUUGCACAGAAGCUGAGGGAUGCCCAGCGGGAGCGGGAUGCCUGGCGCUUCCAUGCGGGCAGCCUGAGCCGCCGGCUAGGCGAGGCCGAGAGGGAGCUCGCCCGAGCCCAGAGCCGCGCGGAGCAGCUGCAGAGGGCGCUGGCCAAGGCGGAGGAAGGCUGGCGCCAGGCGGAGGGCGAGGCGAGCCGCGCUCAGGCCGCGGGGGCCCUGCAGCAGGAGGUGCUCCAGAGGCUGGAAACAGAGCGCCUGGCGGGCGUGCGUGCAGCCGCCCAGGAGAAGCGGAGGCUCCAGGAGCACGUGGACACACUGCGCCAGGCCCUGGACGAGAGCAAGAGGCACGGCCAGGGCCUGGCCCAGCGGGGGCAGCUGCUGGAGGAGCAGGUCGCAGGCCUGGAGCGCAGGUGUCUGGAGGCGGAAGGCGUGCGGGAGCCCCUGGGGCAGGGAGCACCCCUGCCGCAGAGGGUGGACACACUGAGAGAGAGAACCAGCCCAGCCCAGGACGCAGCCUCAGGCCGCAGCGCAGGGAGCAGGCGGCGGGGGCAGCGCCGAGAGACACGUCCUGCCUGCAGGGGGCGCUCACAGGGCACCGGGCGCUGGUUCGCCGCUCAGGUGGCCAGCCCAAAGGAGCAGCUGGACCAGGAAGGGCGGCAGCGGCGACACGACCACCUCGGCCAGACCCUUCCGACCAAGAAGUGAGCCCUGCUACCAACACUCAGGCAGUCUGGCCGCCACAGCCCUGACCAGCGGGCAGCAGAGCCACGGCUGAGAAAGCCGACGCCCUGUGCUGCUCGGCGGCCAGCCUCGAGGGGCACCGGGCUGACGCAGCCACGGCCCAGAGCCCACCCCUCACCCUGCGUGAUCCCCUGCACGCAGUGUCCCCCCCGACCCGGCCCCCGGGACUCGGCCUCUGGCUGGCCUGGACUGCGCUUCGGGACACUGCUCUGGGACACGCCCUCCACAGCUGCACUGAGGCCCCUCGCAGCCCGCAACGGGCCUGGCACGGCUUCGGACCCUGGUGGCCAGGCCCCGUCAGGCCGGCUUCCGCAGCCUCCAGCUGUAUUCCGUGCCCUUAGCUCUGUAAACACGGGAAAACACGUGGAAACCAUUUCCACCACUGGAGCCAAAAACAUAAUGUCCUGCACGGCCCGGCCACCACACCCCCACGCCCAGAGGCUGCAGGACCUUCCGUAUCCAGGAAGUGCAGGUCCGUCACGGUGGCAGGUGGCUGGAAGUGACUCCGAAUCAAGCCCCUGUGGCUCACGGGCCGUGAGAGGCCCUGGGGGUGAAGUCAAGGUUGGCGGAGGAGCACCCGCCUUCCCAGCCCCUAAACGCUGGGAAGGUUCCUUGGGGAAUCCUGCCCUGGUCGCCGUGGAGACCACGGCAGCCAGGUUAGGCCUGCUGCCAGGCUCACCUGUUAGGCUUUCGCUCUUUUCCCCAAAAUACCACCGGGCGGAGCGAUGGGGCUCCUCUCCAACGGCCAUCCACGGGGCACCCUGGGAGGGUGUGUUUACACUUCCGCGGGGCAGCGGCCAGCCCAGGAAACCCCUGCAUGCGGGGGUGCAGGUGCCCCCACGCUCUUCCUACUCCGGGAACCCGUCACACCCUGAGCACCCACAACAGUCACGGUAAGCGGGGGCCCCAGUGCGUGAAGAUCCAUCCAGCACUUGGGGUUGAACCUGGUGACGGAGCUUCCAUUUGCUGUCAACUGUACAAAAGCAGAGGAGAAAGAGACAGCCAGGCAGGCUGCAUUCUGCCUGUCGACUCUGCCCCAUCCCUGGUGGCCGUGUUGAAGAGGAUUCUGAAGUCCAGUCCGGCCCAGAGGGGAGGAACCUGGUGGCCUAGCAGCGGCUGCUCCGGGCAAGGAGGCCUUGACGGUGGUGUGCGAAGCCUGGUGUUGACCGUGGCCGUGGCCAGUCAGAGCGGGUAGCAAUCCAGCGGAGGACGGCAGGCCGGCCCCCAGCUGGAGAGCGCCGCACAGACGGGCAGGAAGGGCCCCGAUGUAACAGACGCCCCCCGGGGCCUGGCAACGCUGGACCGGUCCCAUCCCCUCCUCCCCCACCCUGUGGAGGAGGGACCUGGGGGGCAGGGGGUGGGGGGUGAUGGGUGGGAGAGGAACCGGAAGCUGGAGACUGGAGUCUGGGGAGCGGGUUUCCGUCCUGGCACCUCAGUUGUCACACCUCUGGGACUGACGCUCCCGGCAGAGGCGCGGCGGGGGAAGAGCGCGCGGAUGAGAGAGACACAGCGCUGAUGAGAAAGGGGGGUCGGAGUGGUUUCUGGACAUUGAAAUCAGAGCCUCCCACCCCAGGCUGGCGCGAUCCGGCCCCUCCUCACCCAGGCGGCCCCCAGGACACGUUCCAUGCCUGUGAAGCCUCUAUGAUUUUUCUGUUUCAACCAAAGUUCAAUCAAUGUAGGUGGUACUAUUUUUACUCCUUCGACAUAAGGUUGAAUACUUAGAAAAAAGGACUUUUUUUAAUGGAAA